UGACAGCGAGCAGGUGCUGGAGAACAAAAGAAGUGUCGCCGUUGGUUUAUCUCUAUAGAACAAACCUGUUAACAGCGUUAAGGAGUUGGGCCCAUUCUCCAAUUAUCCAGAUUAAGAGACUUCACAUUUGAUCUAAAAAUGUUCAACUCUGCAGACAUGGUCUUUUCAUUGGAUAAUUUAUUUUAUGAAAGACCAGAUACAAGACAAAGGUAUCUAGAAAAUGAAGAGCCUAAGAUUUGGUGUAUUGCACCUGCUCCAUCUAUUGCUGAAAUUCCAGCUGCAGAGGAGUUACAGAGGGAACUGGAAAAAAACACAGCCAACACUCAUAUGGGAGGGAGAAAGUACCAGAAGUUUAUACAACAAUGUAAGAGUAACACUGAGGAAGUAAAUGGUAAAUCACCAGCACCUGUUCAUUUUGGCAUAGCCUCUGAAAAAGAAGUGCUCCAAUUAAGUGUAGUAGAAAGAGAGAAAAUUAGUUCUCGGUGUGAAAGUCUGAAAAUGGUUUCAUUGUUUCUUUCUUCUGACCAAGAUAAAUCUAAAACAGAAACAGGGGUUUCUCAGCAACCUGGUGCAAAUUUUUCACAAAAUAAAAUAUUAAGUGAUUUUCCAGAAAACAGUGAUGAUGAGAGUGUCCGUUCAACACUAAGAAAAAGCUUAUUUAAAAUGUCUGGUUAUACGUACAAAAAUACAGAAUUUAAGGAUAGUUCUAUGGAUGUGAAAGAAAUUGAUACUUACUUAAAUACAAGUGAAAACAUGAAAGAAGUGAGAAAAGAAAGUUUAUGGAGAAAUAAUCAUCAUGCUCCAAUAACUAAAGACUCAGAUUUUACUCUGCAUAGGGUAAAUGAUGGGGACAUUGCAUCUAAAAAUGAAGUUAAAAUGAAAUCAUUUUGUAAUGCUUCAGAGAUUCUGGAUAUGACAGGAACUACAGGAAGAAAAUUGGAAGUUUUGAGGGCUGUUACAGAAAUACCGACCCAAUUUAGAAGUAUUUUUAAGGAGUUCCCAUAUUUUAACUAUGCACAGUCUAAAGCUUUGGAUGAUCUUCUUUAUACAGAUAGGAAUUUUGUGAUUUGUGCUCCAACUGGCUCUGGAAAAACUGUGAUGUUCGAGCUAGCUAUUACCAGAUUACUCAUGGAAGCCCCACUGCCUUGGUUAAAUAUUAAAGUUGUUUACAUGGCUCCAAUAAAAGCUCUAUGCAAUCAGCGUUUUGAUGAUUGGAAAGAAAAAUUUGGACCUAUAGGACUCAGCUGCAAGGAACUGACAGGAGAUACAGUGAUGGAUGAUUUAUUUGAAAUACAUCAUGCUCACAUUAUUAUCACUACACCUGAAAAAUGGGAUAGCAUGACUAGAAGGUGGAGAGACAACUCUAUAGUCCAGCUUGUACGACUGUUUCUCAUUGAUGAGGUGCAUGUUAUAAAGGAUGAAAGCCGUGGCGCAACAUUAGAGGUUGUAGUCAGUCGGAUGAAGACUGUUCAGUCUUCUCUUUCGCGUCUUUUAGAGAAUUCUGACACUGUUCCUCCUUUGAGAUUUGUAGCUGUUUCUGCAACAAUCCCAAAUGCUGAAGAUAUUGCAGAAUGGCUUUCAGAUAGUAAGAUGCCUGCUGUAUGUCUGAAAAUAGAUGAGGAUCAACGACCAGUGAAGCUACGCAAAAUUGUUCUUGGUUUUCCUUGCAAUGACAAUCAGACAGAAUUCAAAUUUGACUUAACUCUUAACUACAAGAUAGCUAGUAUUAUACAAACAUACUCGGAACAAAAACCAGCACUUGUGUUUUGUGCCACAAGAAAAGGAGUACAACAGGCUGCUUCUGUUCUUGCAAAAGAUGCGAAAUUUCUACUGAGUAUAGAACAGAAACAAAGAUUACAGAGGUCUGCAAAUUCAUUGAAAGAUUCCAAACUGAGAGAUCUUUUAAUGUAUGGUGUGGCUUAUCAUCAUGCGGGUAUGGAGAUAUCUGACAGAAAAAUAAUUGAAGGAGCUUUUACUGUAGGAGACUUACCAGUACUUUUUACUACUAGCACCUUAGCUAUGGGAGUCAAUCUACCUGCGCAUCUGGUGGUUAUAAAAUCCACAAUGCACUAUGUUGGAGGAGUGUUCCAAGAGUACAGUGAAACUGAUAUUCUGCAAAUGAUUGGGAGAGCAGGAAGGCCUCAAUUUGACAUUACAGCUACAGCAGUUAUUAUGACUCGUUGGAGUACAAGGGAGAAGUAUAUACAGAUGUUAAAUGGUGCUGAUAUAAUAGAGAGCAGCUUGCACAGGCAUCUUGUUGAGCACUUAAAUGCAGAAAUAGUGCUACAUACUGUCACAGAUGUCACUGUAGCUUUGGAAUGGAUACGAUCAACAUUCUUGUACAUUAGAGCCUUAAAAAAUCCAGCUCAUUAUGGUUUUUCAUCUGGAUUGGAUAAAAUUGGAAUUGAAGCAAAAUUACAAGAACUGUGUUUGAAGAACUUAAAUGAUUUAUCAUCUUUUGAUUUGAUCAGGAUGGAUGAAGCAAAUAAUUUCAAACCAACAGAGACUGGAAGAUUAAUGGCGUGGUAUUAUAUUGCAUUUGAUACAGUGAAACAAUUUUUCACAAUUAAGGGAACAGAGACUUUAAAUGAAUUGAUUACAAUGAUCUCCAACUGCACAGAAUUUCUGGAUGUCAAGUUAAGAACAAAUGAAAAGAAAAUACUGAACGCUUUGAAUAAAGACAAGGACAAAAUAACUAUCAGGUUUCCAAUGGAGGGGAAGAUAAAAACAAAAGAAAUGAAAAUAAACUGUCUUAUUCAGGCUCAGCUAGGAUGCAUUCCUAUUCAAGACUUUACUUUGACACAAGAUACUGGCAGAAUAUUUAGAAAUGGCUUAAGAGUUACUAGAUGGUUAUCUGACUUUCUGGCAUCAUGUAAGAACAACUUUUCUGCUUUAUUAAACUCUUUGAUUUUAGCAAAGUGUUUCAGGUGCAAACUUUGGGAAAAUUCACUUCAUGUGUCUAAACAAUUGGAAAAAAUUGGUGUAUCACUGUCAAACGCUAUGGUAAAUGCUGGGCUGACGUCAUUUAAAAAAAUAGAAGACACAAAUGCAAGGGAACUUGAAUUGAUUUUAAACAGACAUCCUCCUUUUGGAAACCAGAUAAAAGAAUCUGUUUUGCACCUUCCAAAAUAUGAACUUGACAUUGAACAGCUUCCAAAAUACAGUGAUAUGUUGGCUGAAAUCUUAGUAACCAUCAAAUUAACAAACUAUGAGCAGCUACAGACAAAGAGAACAGCAACAGACUUUCACUAUGUUACAUUGGUCAUAGGAGAUGCUGACAACCAAGUCAUUUUUAAUCAGAAAAUUAUGGAUUCUGUGCUGCUGAAAACUGGAAACUGGACGAAGAAAAUUGAAGUGAAAAGAGCUCUUAAAUCAGAGGACAUUAGUAUAAAUUUAAUUAGUUCUGAUUAUGUUGGCCUUGAUAUACAGCAAGCAUAUACAGCCUUUUACUUAACACCGAAAACAGUGGGAAGUAAAGUGGUUACAAAUCAAAAACUGAAAGCUGAGUCUUCACUUGAUAUGUAUUACGGCUCACCACAAAGUCUGCCACCAGCAAAAGUAGAUACAGGAGGCAGAUCUAAACAAGAGAUUUCUUACAAGAAAUAUGGAAACAGAGAAUGCAACCAUCGCUGUAAAAAUAAAGAUGUGUGUGGACAUGACUGCUGUAAAACUGGAGUACCUCCAAAGUCUGAGAUGAAUGGAGAUUCAAAGUUUUCUUUGUACCUAGCUGAUUUAAGGAGCAGGAACUCAAUUUCGUCUGUACCCCCAGUAAAACGGUUAAAGAUGCAGAUGUUAAAUCAAGCUCAAAACGUGGACCUCAAACAAUUUGUUUUUACACCUAAAUCUUUGUUGCCGGCAUCGCCAAGGUCUAGCAAUAAACAGUCGUCUUCUUCACCUUCAGUGAACCAGGUAGAUAAUAGCUUAGGAGUAUCUCAGAAACAACUGCAAUCCUGGAAUUAUGGAAAGAGUAAUGCUUUGGAUGUGGACUUUGAACUGGGAGAUGAUGUUUGGGAUGAUAUUGAUGAUGAGAAAUUAGUAUUUGCUAGCAACCUUGCCAGUAGAGAAUUAGAUGAGUGUGAACUACUUUGCCAGUAUACAAGAAGCAAAGCCACAAGUGACAUUUCAAAAGAUUCAUGCACAUUACAAGAUGAGACAAAUAUUCAGAACUCAGUUAUUUCUGGGGUUGAUAGCACAUCAAAAGUGAAUUUAUCUGUACAGAGUGGAAAUAUAAAUAUGUUCAGUUUUCAAGAAAAAAAGCAUUCAAAUCCUUCACAAGAGCUGAAAAACGUACAGUGUUCUUCGAUCUCAAAAAUAAUCUCAGACUCUUCUAAAUUCACUAGGAAAGAGGAUUUUUUUAUUUUCACAAAAAAACAGGAAAAAGAAGUGGAUCCCAGAUGCCUUCUUGAUGAUGAAAUCAAUGAUGUCAAGCCCUUUCUUGGAAUAUUUGAUGGCAUUUUGUAAAACAUAUAAACAAAAUACAUUGUAAGUGCUGGGGGGAAAAAAGUUAGUCAUUUUUACAGAGUGAAGCCUUCAAAUCCAGUUAAGAGAAUUUGAUUUCUGUUGUGUACCUAUAGCUGGAUUGCUGCAUAGAGUAGCUAAUAACAAUUGAUGUCUAAUUUAUGGAAUUCUAGGUAUAUUAUCUGAUUUUGAAAAGUACUUAAAUAUUUGUUUGUUAACCUUACUGUUUUCAGGAUUACAAAGAAAAAUAUUGGAAUGUGUCAAAGGAGAAUAGUUCUCAAACUGAGUGUGCUUUUAUAGAUAAAGUAAAAAUCACAUAAGGGAAAGUAAGCUGUUCAUUACAUGCCCUGCUCACAAGUACUCUUUAAAUGAAUGAAAGACUCUUUCCUCAGAAAUUUCUUAAUGCUUUUUGGUUUUGUAUUUCAGUUUCUCUAAUGCUGAAUUUUUCAUAGCACUGAUUCUGUAAAAUAAUUAGAUUUACAAGUAAAAGUAAUAGAAUGGUAAGUUAUUCUAGACUAUAUUCCUUUUGACAGUGCUAUCAACUCAUUAAUAAAAAAGUGCAACUUCCUUCAGGCAAAUGUGUUUCCAGACUCUCAACAAACCAGUUGUAAAAUGUCUAUAAACAAUAUUCUAAAGUUGUGUUUGGCUGUUCACUUUGACACCCGAGGUCAUGAGAUGGACAUUUAUGCAUCCUAGUACAGAUAUAGGCAACCAAGCACUGGAUUUGGAUAUCUUCUUGUAGCUCUAGUCCUUGAACAGUAGACCUUGUAAUUUCAAUAGUUAGAAAAAUACAUGAUAUUGCCUAAAAUCCAAGAGAA